AGUUAUUUGCUGAGGAAUUUCCAGCCUUUUCGCUCUUCACUCUCGUCAUUCGCAUUUUAUCAACUCGUUUUUGCGAAUGCUGCGCAGUUUGUUUUGACUGUUUCACCUUGUAAAGACCGUGGUUUGUUAAGCGAUAAGCAGUAGAAGUAGUGGGCCCUUCGGCAUCUCGAAUUUAAUCAAGGUGGAAAGUCCGGCAUCCGGUCCGGUGUGAUCCGUCGGAGGAAGGCGAGCUUCUUCGAAGGGUGUUUCCAAGUACAUAUACACACACUCACACACUCACACUUAGUGCUUAGGGAGAAAGUGAAAAUUUACAACCCUCGUAUCGUGAUCAGUGAGCAUCAUCAGGCGGUACACGACCGACUUGUGGCUAGCGAAAACUUGACUUGGAAAACGAUGGAAAAGGAGAUUCUCCUCCGAAGAACCUCUUCGAUAUUAGACGUGCAGCGCGAGUGAAGUGGAAAGCGGCUAAUUAAGCUUAAGUGAAAUGUCAUUUGUAUACCAAUGCCCGUGCGGUCAGUGGUUUUGCUUAAGCGAAAUGAAGUUCAAGUGAAAAUAAUUAAUUGAAAAUAAUUUAUUCGAUGAUUUUCUUCUCCUUUCCCCUCGUCUUGUGCUGUGAAUGAAUGAAAAUCAGCUGGAACAGAAACCAGCGCCUUAAUACGGUCGUGAAGGGUAAAUGUAGUACUCAUACGCAAGUGCUCACGAUGUGACGCGAUACCCAAGCAAACGAAGCUUCAAAUCCUAUCAAAUGACCAACCAGCCAGUGUUUAAGUGUAUGUGUUUUUGUGAAACUACAUCCUAAAUUGUGACGUGACUCAUCCGUAACAAAAAUCCGGUGACAAGUGUACUCUCUGUUUGUUUUUUUAGCGAAUGAAACUCCAAUCGAUUCCCAAAUUCCUGGAUUCCCGUGUCCAAUCGUGCGCGCAUAAGAUGCCUUGAGAGAGUUUUGCUGCGGUGCAAAGUGCGUAGUGUCCGCAACUCCCGGUUGCGUGUGCAAAAAAAACGGGUGCUCGUUACUUCACCCUCUUCUCCUCCCCCCACGUGUGAUAGAUGCCCGGUGCAAAAGUGGCUCAACCGAACCGAAGCGUGGUUGGUGCAUUGCUGGUGGUGGUUGGGGUUGGGACGCACGCGGCAACAUGAGUAACUUUCGGACGAGCAUCAUCGGUCCACGGCUGCUGGUGCUCGUCGUGUGCAUCGGUGCAGCAGCAGUGGUACAAUGCGCCGGCCAUGCUGGUGCAAUGGCCGGCGAAGUUGGUGAUGAUGGUGCCGGUGGUGGAGGUGCUGGCGGCGGUGCCCCAUCAUCACCGGUUGUCAUCAUUGUCCCGGAUCUAGUAUCCGAACCAUCGGCGACGACGACGACGACGACGACUGUGAUGCCAGCAACGGUCACAGUGAAAGGCAUUGCGGCGGUGGACAGUAGCAGCAGCAGCAGCAGCAGCAGCAGUAGCGGGGGUACCGUUGCACCGCCACCGACGACGGUAAUCCCCGAACCGCAACAACCCGAAUCGCAGCUCGAUGGUCACCGGACUGGACCUCAUUUGAAUGGUACGACCAGCUCGGUCACAACAUCACCGACGACGUCCACGACCACGACGACGACGGCGGCAACAAUGACGAAGCGAAGGAUGACUAAUCGGGACAAUAAGCUGAUGUCGGUGCUGCAGGCACGCCGGACCGCGUUGACCCGUGACCGGUGGCGCAAGGAGUAUCACCACCACCCGUCGGCUACUCAUCGGCAAGAGCAGCAGGAGCAGCAGCAGCAGAAACAGCAGCAACAGCAGCAGCAACAAUCACAGCCAGCAGAUCCGGUCGCUGGUAAUCUGAUCGAGGAUAGUAGCACGCCCGAAUCGAACCUAAACCUGGUACCGGGUGGCAGAGGCCUGUCGGUGGUCAGUCCAGCCGAUGAGUUUCUCGAUACGGACGAAUCGAUCCAUGGCAUGUACGUGGUGAACCCUCGCACAGGGAAGAUCGCGUUGCAGCAGACCGGCGGUAGCAUCAAACUGGCCAAGGAGACGAACAACUUCAUCGCAAUCAUGCCACCGCCGGGGUCAUCGACCAAGCUUACCUCGGCGAAAGUACCCUCGACAACGACAACGACCACGUCGACGGCGACGACGACGACGACGAACUUCCCGGGACGUGUGACCUACGGUGGUUACCAGGAGGCCCGCGGGAAACGUAUGCGCGAUCGUAAAACAUUCCCACUAUCGACGGAAAAAUCCGUCGAGGAGAGUGAUCUCAUCCCUUAUCAGUACUUUGGCCAGAAGCUUAUCCCUGGACCGAAACCAAUCCACGUACCGGGUGCAAGGCGGACGCACGUUUACAAACCACCGACGCGUCCUGUAGAGGAGCAGUUAAUUGAAGUGGUAGAGAUGGUGCCAGCGCCAUCGGUACCGCUUCAGACGAAACCAGCAGCUGGUACGGUAGAGAAGAGCAAGUUUUGGUCAAAUCGAUAUCCGACACGGAAUGUCGUACCACACAACAGUAACCUGUAUCUGAGGAGGACGACCUCUACCAGCACGACAACGACCAGUACGACGACGGUUGGUCCCAGACCGGAAGCAGUCGGUGCCGAUGCGCUCGCUAACUCCAUGAUUGCGUUCAGUAAUCUUUCCGAUGGUGAUGAUGGUGCUGAAGAUGAGAAGCAAGUGUUCUCCAGGAGCGCCAACUAUACUUCCCCGCAGCAGCAGCAGCAGCAGCAGCAGCUCAUCAACAAGACUGAACUGGAACCGAGCACCACGACAACUACGACAACUACGACGACCACGACGACACCAGCCAGUGUACCGGAUGCGGAUCUACCGAGUAAUCACAGGCCAAUCUCAGCAGAGUAUCAACCGGGCCGCUACAACCCUGCCGGACUUAGUUCUGGCAUCUCGAAGCUCAUUAUCAACUAUCCGGAUGAUGCUACGCCGGAGGAUUUCUAUCGUCCACUGAAUACGUUCGAGACACACGCGCAGAUAGUGAACCUUCAAGAAGCGACGGAGAUCCCGGUGCACACGCCGGCCGUUGUACAACCGCAGCCCAUCGCCGAGGAGGAAUACGAGACGGAACGGACGCUUGUGUCAUUGCCUGACAUUAACCAAAUUUUCCGCAACCUAUCGACACCUUCCACAACCGAAAUGACGACGACAUCGACGACGAUGGCCAGCACGACGUCAGGAGCUCCGGCACGUUCACGACUCAACACCCGUGUGUACGUUCCCGUGAGUCGAUCGACGACGACACGUGCCACGACAACGACUUCCACCACAACAACGACAACAACGACAACGACGACGGAACCACCGGAGGAACUGGAAACGGAAGCACCAACGACGAUGCUCGCCCUUACCUCGAGCCCGACUACAACGGAACCAUCGACCACCACAACGACCACAACGACCGAACGGCCUACGAUCCGGACCACGACAACCACCAGGACCACAACCACACCAAGGUAUACGCGGCCUAGAACGACACCAGCAAUCGAACAGCGAACGGUGGCCGUCUUUACCGGCCUACGGCCGAAUCCUCCCGAGCUCCCGUUGAACAGCUCCUCGGUCGAGACCGGCUUCAAUCCGAUCCUGUCGCACAUCUUCCCCAAGCUAGCCACAAGACCACCGGCCCAACCGGACAUAUCGCUCACCAUGACCUCUCCGCCACCGGUGGACCAUAGCUCCGGGACGAGGAAACCGGCCGUCUCGUUCGAUGGUGUGCUGCUGCACCACAACAGUGACGUAGUGAUCGAGAUGCGUAAGAUGAAUACGGCCACGUUCGUGCUGGCCGGUCUUGGGAUGCUACCGAUCGUUAUCAUCGUGCUGUACGUCAUCAAGGCGACGCUGCUGAGCCGAGAGCACAAGGUAUCGCACGAUCUGGAGCGCUACAUCCCCGAUGGACAGCCACCGAUCAGUCCGGUGGUGCGGCUGGAGCAAUCCGAUACCUCCAGCUCGACGGAUGAAUCCAUCAUGACCGAGCAUGACUUCAAUCGGGGCAAUCUGCGCUUUAAAAGCCUGCUGGGUGAAGGUAACUUUGGGCAGGUUUGGAAAGCCGAAGCGGAUGAUCUGGCCGGCCAUCUCGGUACGACGCGUAUCGUUGCGGUCAAGACGGAACGGAGUGACAAUGGGCACGGUGAUCUGAAGGCGGAAGCGGAAAUUAUGCGUAAGCUCGGUUCGCAUCCGAACGUUGUGACGUUGCUAGGGGCUUGUCUCGAGCAAGAUCCUCAACUACUUAUCAUGGAGUAUGCCAUGCGAGGACGAUUGCUAUCGUUGCUACGUGCGGCUCGUGGUGCCGUCAAUGGACUUGCACCGUCGGUUCACAACAAUCGGCCACCGAUCAUGCCGCUUUCACCGCGGCGAUUGACCGGAUUCGCCCAUGACAUUGCCCGGGGGAUGGAGUACAUCUCGGAGAAGAAGAUUGUGCAUCGUGAUUUGGCGGCGCGGAAUGUCCUGCUAGAUCACAACGGUAUCUGCAAGAUCUGUGACUUUGGUAUGUCGAUCGAUCUGGAGAAGGUGAAAUCAUCGCACGCCCAAAUCCGAUUACCGCGUGCUCACCAGCACACGGAGUCGCGGUUCAAGUUCGAUCUAAGUGCGCGUUCGUUCGGCAUUGGCCGGCACCAUGACACGGUGGGCACGCACGGUGGGCGCCACGGUGCCAGUGGCGGUCAUAGCAAUAGCCAUGGGCAUGACACCAAGAGCCGACCGGCGUUACCUAUCCGCUGGAUGGCACCGGAGGCACUUCAGUAUCACAUCUUCUCUCGAGAAACCGACGUCUGGGCAUUCGGGAUCGUCCUGUGGGAGAUAGCGACACUAGGUUGCACACCUUAUCCGAACCUAUCGGGACGUGAGGUGGUACGGAGCGUACCGAAUGGAGCCCGCCCCGAGGUGCCGGCCGACUGUCGGCCGGAGUUGUACGAUCUGAUGCAGCGUACCUGGCGGAAGGAUCCACGGCAAAGGCCAACGUUCAGUGAGGCACGGACCUGCCUGGCACGGACCCUCUGCCAGUGGCAGCUCGAGGACAACGAUACCUCCAACACGUCCGAGUAUCUGGACGUCAGUGGGUUCAGUGAGGAUCUCGAGCAGGGCAUGGUGUACUUCAAUCGGCGGAUAUCGGAGUUCGAGUGCGAAAUCUAACAUCCUACCAGGCCUUGGUCUACCUGCCUGCCUGUGUCCCGGUGGUUUCGAUGGCCACCAGGACCUUAUGUACAUAUCUUAGGCUCUCUCUCUUUCUCUCUGCUGCUGUCUCUUUCCGUGUCUUAUCUCCGUGUGGUUGUGUGAGUGUGUAGUUUGGCGUCUAUCUUCGCUCAUCGCUCUUCCUCUCUUAUCGGGCAACCAGGACCAGGCUCUGGUUAUUCAUCAGUUUUGUUCUUAAAUUAUCUUCAUCCGUAGUUUGUAGUUUGUUCGAAAUUCCAUUUUUUUUCUCUCUCCCAUGUGUUUUGCGUGCAUAAGAACCAAAAAACCGCACCGAUGGUCGAAGGCGAAGAAGAAGAGGAAGAAGAAGCAAACGAAGUGGUCGUCUCGAGGAGGGGUUACUCCAUGGGCGCACAAGUGAUAGCAAAACAAAUUUGAUAAGCACCAAUCACCAAUCGUAUCGACGCAUCUUUCAUCCCUCACCCCUCCCCAAGUUGUGUACAUUUUUCGAAGUGAAGUUAGCAUUAACGAAGCGUUAGGUGAUUCCCGUAGACACUUAAGACCCCUCCCAACAGCAGCGCUGCAGUGCAGCACCUGCAGCAGCAACAGCAGCAGCUUCCAGAUCACGACAGAUUCCACGACAGACAUUCCUGUUUCUUCCAUGUUAGUUGUUAGGAUUAUUUUAUUCUUAUUUUUACAUGUUUGUGUUUGUGCGCAAUGCGGCGCGUGUGCGUGUGCUUGCGCGAGUCCGGUGUCCGCUGUCCGCGAUGAAUCCGCGGCCAGCGGCAGAGGAUCGGAAUUUACGGAAGGAAAUAAAAAGCAAUCUUGAUGAUUUGAAAA